AUGAGCACCUAUCCAAUAUUUAUACCAUGUCCAAUAGAAGUUAAGCAACAUAAUGAUGAUCUUGUACAAUUCGAUUUAUUACAAGCAUAUCCAGAAGAGAGUAGCAUAUAUUAUAUGAUAAUGCACGAUAAAAUUGAUGCUUUCAAGAAUUAUGUAUCUGAAAAUUCUCUUCCAAAUGAUUUUGAGAAUUUAAUUUCUGUGGAAAAAUUUACGAUUCUUGAAGCAUGCUGUUAUUUUGGUUCUGUUAACAUUUUUUACUUCCUUCAUGAGAAUUUCAAUAAAAAGAUCACUCCUAAAUGUCUCCAAAAUUCCGUAAUCGGUGGAAACACAGAUAUUACAAACAAGUGCUUAAAAUUUUGUAAAGUCGAUGAUCAAUGCAUUGCAAAUGCUAUUGGAUCUUACAACAAUAAGUUCCUUGAGUAUGUUUUACAGAAUGAUCUAAUUCAGAUCAAAACAGAUUGUAUAAAAGACAUUAUUGUCUCACAAAAUUUGAAAGCAGCUUUUCUUUUAUACAAGAAAGAUAAGAACUCGAUUAUUCCAUUUGUUGCAGGCCUUUCACAAGCCACUGAAUUAUUGAAAGACAAAGAUCUUGAUUUUAGUAAAAAAGAUUACAAAGAUUGGACCGUCCUUCAUUAUGCAGCCUAUUAUCACAAUAUAGAACUUUGUAACUAUUUAUUAGACCCAUCAAACGGAAUAAAAAUAGAUAUAGAAGCAAGUGGAAAUGGGAAUAGAACCCCACUUAUUGUAACAACCAUAUAUAAUAAUCCUGAAAUUGCAAAAAUUCUUAUAUCUCAUGGAGCUAAUAUAAAAGUCACAGAUAUGGAUAACUCAAAUUGUCUUCAUUAUAUAGCUAGAUACACUAACAAAGAAAUACCGACACUACUUCUUUCUCAUGGUAUAGAUAUCAAUCAUAAGAACAAAUAUGGAUUAACAGCUCUCCAUAUUGCUGCUAUAAAAAACAAUCAUGAAAUAGUCGAAUUUUUCCUUUCUCAUGGAGCCGAUAUCAAUGCGAUUGAUUUAAAAAACAAAACUGCUCUCCAUUUUGCUGCCGAGAAGAACUGUAAAGAAUCACUGUUAGUUCUUAUUUCCCAUGGCGCAAAUGUUAAUGUCAAAAUGGAUAAAGGAAUAACAUCACUUCAUUUAGCUUCUGAGAGGAAUUAUACAGAAAUAGGAAACUUACUUCUUUCAAAUGGAGCAAUGGCUGAUGCCGUCACAGAAGAAGGGAAAACAUCUCUUCAUUAUGCAGCAGAAAAUAAUUGUAAAGAAAUGACAAAAUUACUUCUUUCACAUGGUGCAAAUGUUAAUGAAAAAGAAAAACUCACCCAGAAAAUGCCACUCCAUUAUGCAGUAGUAAAGAAUCAUUUUGAAAUUGUAGCUCUUCUUCUUUCUCAUGGAGCUGAUGUAAUCACGGGGAUUGGCGAUUACAAAAAGACAGCUCUUCACCUUGCAGCAGAAUCCAAUGGAAUAGAAACAGCAAAAGUUCUCAUUUCGAACAGAUUAAAUAUCAAUAGUCGUGAUGAGUACAUGUGGACUGCUCUCCACUACGCCGUGAAUAAUGAUCAUAUAGAAAUGUGUAAAUUCCUUCUUUCCAAAGGUAUUCGAGUCAAUGCAAAAGACAAACAGCGAAACACAGCACUUCAUUAUGCGGCUAAAAAAGAGACAAAAGAUCUUGCAGAGCUUCUAAUUUCAUUUGGCGCAGAUGUAAAUUCGAAGAAUUCAUUCAAAAAAACACCUCUACAUAUUGCAGCAACAAAUAAGAGCAAAGAUAUUGUCGAGCUGCUUCUUUCACACGAUGCCUCAAUAAAUGACAUUGACUCAAAUAAUAAUACAGCUCUUGAUUAUGCUAAGUCAUUUCAUAAUAAAGAAAUCAUACAACUUCUUAUUUCUCAUGGCGCAAUCAGUAAAUCACACAGAUAG